ACACGCCUUCAGGCCAAGGCGAAGAGAACAAUUCUUCCACGUCUUUCCCUCCCACCACCUUCACAGCGGCCUUGGAGCCAGCGCUUUACGUUCAUUACACCCGACAUGAUCUUCAUCGCCCGACGUUCCUUCCUUAUCGUAGCUAUUGCUACUAUUCUGUCUUUUCUUUAUGUGCCGGCUGCAUCUGCCCACCUUCAGAAGCGUCACGCGUCGAGACGGGACACGUCUUUGUCCGAUGUGUAUACCUUUCUAUCCGCCCAUAACGCCAUCCGCAUCCAGCACGGUGCUGAUUCGCUGACAUGGUCAUACACCCUUGCCGAUGCAGCCCAAUUAUGGGUGAAUCAGUGCGAAUUCAGAGCCACCAAUGGCCAGCUGCUCGACACUUCGUACGGCGAAAUCAUAGUUGCGGGUUCAGGGGAGGUUUCCAUUGAAACUGCCGUCAAUGCGUUCGUGGCUGAUGAAGGCACGUUUCGACGUUCUUCUUACCUCUGGUGAUCCGGGCGCUCAUGACAUUUGUUGAAUAUACAGCGGAUUACACCGAUGGUUCUGAUGUCCUGAAUCAUUUUACCCAGGUAGUGUGGAAGUCAACUACGGAGCUAGGAUGUGCACGAAACACAGCCUGUAAUGAUGUCUUCGACACUGGGGGUUCACAGACGCUCAUAGCCUGUUUGUACAACCCGCCUGGUAAUGUUAUCGGCGAGGCUACGUACG